AUGCCUCAAUCUUCAGGCGACAGCCGCAUCCUCCUCGAUCGGCUCUCCCACUGCCGUUACGGACACCCGGAUCUUGAGAAGGCAGAGCAGUUCUUCACCGACUUCGGCCUGAUUCCGGUGCUGAAGAAGGAUGACAAGAUUUAUUUCCGUGGCUUCGGCAGGGACCAGUUUUGCUACGUAGCGGAGAAAACAGAAGAUGGCAAGAGAAGGUUUCGGGGAGGUGCUUGGAUCGUGCAGUCCAUGGCUGAGUUGGAGAAGGCCGCCAAGCUCCCGGGAUCAACGCCAAUUCACGACUUUGAUGCCCCGGGCGGAGGGAAAAUUGUCAUUGUCAAGGAUCUCCUAGGGGAAGAGAUUACUUUGAUCUACGGGCAACAAGACUGUGUCCCGGACGCCAGGGAAAUCCCAAGACCGGUCAUGUGGAACACAUGGGAGGACAAGAAGCGACUGGGUGAAUUUCAACGUCCAGACAGAGACUCGCCGUCCAAGGUUCAUAAACUCGGCCACUACGGGUUUGAGGUAAACAUCGACAAGAUUCACAGGGUUUUCGACUGGUACUCCAAGACAUUCAACAUGAAGAAGACCGACACAUUGUUCCAACCGCAGAGCAACAAGACGUGCAUGAUCUUCAUCCAUCUCGAUAAGGGGAAGGAGUUUGUCGACCAUCAUAACAUCUUCAUUGCCGGCUCACCCGAGGUCAAGGAGGGAAUCAAGGCGCACCACAGCAGCUUUGAAGUCGACGACGUGGACAGUCAAGUAGUCGGGCACCACUACCUGCGCUGCAAAGGGUAUAUCAACGUUUUCGGGGUCGGAAGACACGUGCUCGGUAGCCAGAUCUUCGACUACUGGCUCGACUCGUCUGGAUUCAUCGUAGAGCACUAUGUGGACGGCGACCUGGUCAACGAAGACUCUCCGCACGCGGAUGAACCUGCAGUGGCUUCUACUGUGUCAAGCUGGGGCCCGGAGAUCCCGCGUGCAUUCUUCACAAAGAAGGUCGAGGACCUGCCUGGUAUUACAGACAUUCCUAGCAUCCCCAUUGAGGCUUGA